AUCUGCCUUAGGCUUUGUUCGGUUAAUCCCAUCCCUAGGUGGAUUGGGGGGGAUUUGCAGGGAUUUUGGCUUGUAGGGGAUUAAUUCCCCCUCAAUCCCCUUCAAUUCCACCUCAACCGAACAAGCCCUUAGCGAGCGAGCGAGCGAGCGCCUGCCGCAGCAGAGGAAGACGACGUCGCCGGCGAGCGCCUUUCGCCGGAAUCUCGUGCAGCUCUGGCCGGCGCGCGGCUCCGUCGAUUGGUGCUCGUCGGUGACAUCUGCGACGUGGCCGAGCGCGUGCGGGCGUUCCCGCGUCGACGACGGCGGUGCUUCACCAGAUCGGCCCCAACGUCUACAAGCGAUAAAGCAGGCACAGCCACCGCACGGUGCGGCGGACGGCGUCAGGAGUUGGCUCCGACGCCGCGACGACGAGGCCCUUAAGGGCUCGCUGGUGACGACGAGCUCCCCGUCAAUGGAGGCUGUCCGUAUCUACUGGAGAUCGGGGGCUGGCUUCAUUGAAGUAGCAACAUUAAGCCCCAUCGGUCCACCUUGCGCACUGGAGGGCAGCUUUGAAAUUCCUGAGGAUGACAUAGAGCACGUCGGCGGCGAGGGAUUGUACCUCGCGCUUGUCCAAGGUGGACACGUCAGCGACCUUGCGCGCAUGAUAUUUUGUAGUGGUGAUUCAAGGAACGAUGAUGGGGAAGAGGACUACUAUUCCCCCGAUCUGUUGACUUGCCGAGGGUCUUCAUCCCAUUCAAGUGGUGGCGUGAAUGAGUCGGAGAAACACACGUUUGGGCUGAUGGGGUGGGAGGAGGGUAGAUGGGAGGAUAAGAUAACGUUCAGCGAGGAGGAGGAGGAGGAGGAGGAGAAUGAUGAUGAUGAUACAACAUCCAGUGAGAAGGGGUUGAUUUUUUGGAAGCAAGGUUAUGAUGAAUUCGGAAGUGAGGAUGAUGAGGUUGUGGGAAAGGGCACAGGGAGCGAGGAGGAGCACAAGUUGGAGGAGAGACACCAGGAGGAGGGGCGUGAAGAGAGCCACCAGGAGGAGAAUGAUGAUAAUGAUACGACAUCCAGCGAGGGGAAGGGGUUGAUUUUUUGGCAGGAAGGUCAUGAUGAAUUCAGAAGUGAGGAUGAUGAGGAUGUGGAAAAGGGCACAGGGAGCGAGGAGGAGCACAAGUCGGAGCAGAGCCACCAGGAGGAGGGUCCUGAGGAAGAGGAUUUCCAAACUGUACAAAUGAAGCUUAGAUUGUGGCCAUCGAGGAAACAUGCUCUUGUUAAAAUAUUCCGUGGCAAAAAAUGGAUUAUUACAAAGGAUUACUGCCUUGCUUGGCUCAGGCCUGAAGAAAUGGAUGAAUUUGAUUUCAGAUUAGACUUCGACGAGUCACAGAUCUUGAGGGAAUCUGACUUCAUGAUGGAUUUUGAAAUUCUUAUGGCUCCUUCACAUGUUCUUAAUGACGUCGUUGCAAUGAUCAAGCCAUCCAUCUGCAACUUUACAAUUCUUAAAAAAGUUGGUGGUGCAAAUGACUGCAAGGUUUUGAAAUGCUCGUGGCUAGGUAUUAACUGUGCUAUUAAAGCAGUCGCUGUAAAAAUAUCUUGCACCACAGAGCCACGAGAAAUUGAUAUCAUAUCAAGUUUAAAGGAUAAACGCGUCAUGACUUUUUUUCAGGCUUGGAAAGAGACGUGGGUAUAUAAAGAUGAACCUGAGCAACAAUAUAUCUUUAUUCAUUUGAAUUUUGCCCUAAGACACUAAAGCAUGCAUUGCUGUAUGAACACCGUGACUGGUUUCCAAACCGGUGGUUCCUUUUGGAAGAAAUACUGCAAGCAAUUAAGAAAAUUCAUGCAGAAUUGAUUGUGCAUCGUGACCUGAAGCCUGACAACAUAUUCUUUGGUUCUGACAAUGGAAUUCGCAUCGGUGAUUUUGGAGAUGCAUGCAUAGGUCAUGAUGAGUUAGGCCUGUACGGUGGUACGCCUGGGCUUGGAACCGAGCAUUACCUUGCUCCAGAGCUUAACAGUGAUGGGAAAAUAACCGAAAAGGUUGAUAUUUAUUCGGCCGGCAUCAUCAUGUUUGAGCUCUUUGCUCUGAUUAAAACCGGCUCUGAGAAGAUUAUGGUACUUCCCGAGCUCAGAGAGAAAGGCCCUCCAGAUAGCUGGGAAGGCGAUCAUGAGUUGUAUGCCCAGAUGACUGCUUUGGAAUCCUCUCAACGCCCAUCAGCUGCUGAAAUAUUGGAGUACAUAGAUAAACAUCAUCGCCUCACCGUGUAACAAAGAUUGAGUGAGGGGUUACAUGUGCAACAACAUUUUGCUACAUGUGUCUCGUUGUAUAUUUUUGCUACCACUUUGCUGUGACAGUGACAUGGUUUGUUGUACACACACAACUUUCAUAGCAUAUGUGUCACGUGUUGCUGUUUGUGCAUAUCCACCAUUUGCAUGUAUUGUUGGAGACAUGUUAAGGGUGAACUACUACGUGCUGUGUUUGCCGACUAUGCCGUAUGUUUGUGAAUAUACUGGUCUUUAUUUCUAA